CAAUCAAUCAAUCAAUCAAUCAAUCAAUCAAUCAAUCAAUCAAUCAAUCAAUCAAUCAAUCAAACAUGACGUUAAAUUUAGUGCCCAGAUCUAACUCGACCAUUCGCUUCUAGGUCCUGGCACGUGAUCGAACGUUUUUAUAGUUGACCGCUGGCGAAACGGUCGAACAAAAACAACAACAAUCCUACUUCGAGUGGGAAUUUGGUGUUCUUAGAUAUGUUUGGAUGUAUAGUGUCAGGACGCUUGGUGCAAACUGAUGCUCAACAGAUUGGACCUACUCAGUUUGUUUUCAACUUAACUGAUGUUGAAAGUAUCCAUCAUGUGGUAGUGUUCUUGACUGGUGUGACCCCAUUCCCAGAUGGGAUGGGUGGGGGAGUUUACUACUGUUAUCCAACCCCCGACGGACCAAAGUCACAGCUACUAGGAUUCAUAGCAAACAGCAAACCAAGUGCUAUAUUUAAACUUGCAAAGGUAUGUGAUGGUGUACAUGAAAUGGGUCGCAUAAAGUAUAACCUUAGACAAUGGGGUUUCUUUAAUUUUUGGGAGAAACAUUCCUUGUUGUCAUGGCAACAUCACAGGCACAUUUUUACAAAGCGCAGAGUUCUUUCCCCACGCCAUUUGCACUUUGACAAAGUAGCUCAAAAGAAAUUUCUGUCCAACAGUGUACAGAGUAUGUUGCCUUUUUCUGUUAGUGGCGAAACUGUAGGCCACAAGUCCAGUCUAACUCCUCUUUGACAAAACUUCAGCAAGACACAUAAUUCCUCACAAAUGAGGUAGGGUUCAUUUCUGUCUCUGUCUCCUGCCUGGUGUAUCUUUUUGUUUUCAUCUGCCUGCAGGUGAUCAACUAUUAAUUCCUUGUAUACUGUAUCUACAUGUAUCCCCCUCUAUCAACUUGAAUAUUUUGAAGUUGAUGUGGGCCUAUCCGUUGGUAGUUGACUGUCCAUUUAAUAAGAUUGAACAGAUACAAGAAGUUAAUUUCAAACAGUCUGUACAUAGUAAAGACAUCAUGGUCUGUCAGCUCAGACACCAAAACAGUUGCUU